UCGUGCAAUUGAGUCCCCGGCGCGCGCGCGAGGGGCCCUCUUCUCCCACCAUACACGAGUCCUCUCUUUCUCUCUCUCUCUCUUACUCGUUCUCGUGCAAACUCCUUCUUGUCUUCUCCUUCGUUGGCGUUCUGCACUGCCACUCGAUGGGCCCGACUCCGUAUAUAUAUCUAUACUUUCUGCAUUUACGCACAGGAUCAGCAGCAGCAGCAGCAGCAGCAGCAGCAGCGUCUCUCACUCCUCUCGUAUUUAUUUUCUAGAAUAUUGCGCGUGAGUCAGUGUGUGCGUGUAGCAGCAGCAGCAGCAGCGUAUGAAAAGUGCCGAGCGCAGAGUGCAGUUCAGUGCAUCCGUAUUAAUAUAUAUAGUGUGCGUGUGUGAGUGCGUAGCUGUUUCCCGCAUCGGUGGAAUUUUGCGUCUUCCGGGGUGAUCUCGAGUGAUCCACUUGCAAUUCUUAUCCUUUACACGUAUCAUUGAGACUCGACUAUUCUAUAAUUCAUACUUCUGAGCGGAGGCUGAGAUUAUGGGAGGCCGAUGAUCGUCCAGCCAAGCUGAUUGAAUGCGGAAAACGGGAUCAGCGAGAGCAGCGGCAGCAGCAUCAGCAGGGCGCGUGCAGUUGGAUGCAGAGCGUAUCGCCAGCCAUUUCCAGUAAGUCGAGGCUGGACGGAAUGAGCGUCAACAGCGACGUGGUGGUCGACGGCAGGACCAAGCAGUUCCUCAAGGAGGCCGUCGACAAGGUCGUCAACAGUUUCGCCAAGCACUCUCACGGUCGCUACGGCCGAGUGAACGUGGUCGAGGCUCUGCAGGACUUCUGGCAGAUGAAAGCCCGCGGAAACGAGCUGAGAAACGCCGCCCUGGUGAUUUACGAGUCGGUGCCAGGCACAAAUCCACCCUACGUCUGCUACGUCACCCUGCCGGGUGGUUCCUGCUUCGGCAGCUUCCAGAACUGCCCUACUAAAGCUGAGGCACGUCGCUCCGCGGCCAAGAUCGCCCUAAUGAACUCCGUCUUCAACGAGCAUCCCUCGCGCAAGAUCACCGACGACUUUAUCGAGAAGGCCGUGGCCGAGGCGCGCGACAGCUUUCAAAAGUCUCGCCAGCAGCAGCAGGUCGACGAGCAGCAGCAGGACGACAACGACCCGGACGACCCGAACACGGGCAUCGGCGCGUUUCGCUUCAUGCUCGAGUGCAAUCGCGGCCGGACGAUGCUCGAGUUCCAGGAGCUCAUGACGGUCUUCCAGCUGCUCCACUGGAACGGCUCGCUCAAGGCGAUGCGCGAGCGUCAGUGCUCGCGCCAGGAGGUCGUGGCGCACUACAGUCAUCGGGCGCUGGACGACGACAUGCGCAGCCAGAUGGCCCUGGACUGGGUGGCCCGGGAGCACGAGGCACCCGCCGGCGGAGUCGUGGCCGUGGAGCUGGCCCUGGCCGAGCGCGAGCUCGAGACCGCCAGGCUGGCCGGCAGGGAAUUGAGAUUUCCCAAGGAGAAGAAGGACAUACUGCUGUUGGCGCACGCACAGAUCUGCCCGCAAUGACCCGCGUCGUCGUCGUCUUCGUCGUUGAUUUAGUAUACUAGAUUCUAUGUUUUUUUUUAUUGAUUCUUUUUUAAUCCAAUAUCGGCUAUUAUUAAUUUUUUAUGCCAGGAUCGUUAAUCGAUUCGUAAUCCGACAUUACUGAACUAUCACGAUGAUAUUCUAUUUGUCACGAGUAGCACGAUUGCAGUGAAAAAAAACUCUCGUGAACAGCGUUUAACAUGAAUUAUUAAAAGAUUUUUUUAACUCUGCAUCAUUCUGACGUAAAAAAAAGUACGUAAAAGUCAUAAACAGUUUCGUCGAAAGCUCUUUAAAACGACAGUCGCGCCUAGUAGUCGCGACAUGCUACUAGUUACAUUUUCGUUAAUUCUAAUUAUCGCGUGAUUCUCGCGAAAUUUCCGAAAUUCGUUUAUUUUUUAGUUUAUUGUUAAAUCAUGCCAUUCAAGAUGACUAUAUAUUUAAGUUCUACAGAGAUCUAUCCCAUAAGUAAUCAAAGUUAUCGUAAAGUUUUGAAUUAAGUUACGCAAAGUCUUCCAUAUAUUGUAUGGUUUAGUAUAAUAAGUCUAUCAUUAUCGAUUCGGAAAAUUUAGAGACCUAUAGUGAAUUUCGGUAAUGCUUUACUUGAACAAUUUGUGAUUUUAGGUGAUUAUAGAAUUUUUCUUCCCUCACAAGACUGUACUUGAUUUAUAUUACAAUUUUCCAUUUAUAUUACUACUUG